CCCAGACACAGUCGGGUCAACUGUGAAAGCCUGUGAUUGGGUGAUGCUGCAGCCUGUGCUCUGUCCGCGUUAGCCUACACUGUCCUGGUAAUCUUCUCCUAUUAUUACACUGUACAAUUGAAGUGAUACACCGCUGCUAUUCACUGUCGUGGUCACACACCAUAAAGACUUGUGUUAACGCGCAGCCUCUUUCUGUAUUUAUAUUGUUAGUGUCUGUGUGUGCGCCUGGUCGUAAGCUCUGCGAUUGGAGACAACACUGGUUAACAGGUCUGCGACCGAGGAGCGUCCAGUUCUUUUGCAUGAUCAUCUCCGGUGUGCCGUGGUGCAAUCUGUGUUCUCUGGAGUUUACCGGAGCCCUGCAGUGCUGAGAUUUAUAUAGCAAGGACUCUUUUCUGAGAGAUUAAUUUAGUCUUUUCGAUAAUAUUCACCGGGCUGAUCUGUGUUGUGCGCCUCAGCCUGUUCCACAAGACCAGUCUGGUUGAGGCUGCUCAUCUGGCAGCAGGUGGUGUGACAUGUGGACCGGGGAAGUCACCCGCUUCUCCCCGUGAUUGUCAAACAGUUAAGGUGCUCACUCCGGACGUUAGAGGUGACAGUGACAGUCAGAGACUCGGGAUGCUCGGCCAAUCUCCUCACCUUAUCGGAGGCAUCUUGUGGAUCCAGAAUCCUAUGAGAGCUGUUCACUGCAACCUGAGCCAGAAUGGCAUCGACCACCAAAUGUGCCCGGAGGAUGUGACGUCACAGCUGGAGGAAGAGGAGGAGUCAGUGGACGCGGGGGCUGUGCUGCUGGACGACGACAGCCCGAGCUACCAGGACGUCAGCCCCCCCAUGUACCAGCGCCGUUCGCCACCACACCGCUCGGUCUCUGAGUCUGAGCUGUCACGGCCAGGAUAUGUGAAGCUGUCCAAGCCAGUGGCCCUGUGGACCCAACAGGACGUGUGCAAAUGGCUGAAGAAACAUUGUCCCAAUCAGCACCAGAUCUACAGCGACUCCUUCAAACAGCAUGACAUAACAGGGCGGGCUCUGAUGAGACUGACAGACAGAAAGCUGGAAAGAAUGGGUAUCAUGCAGGAAGGCCAGAGGCAGCACAUCCUGCAGCAGGUCCUGCAGCUUCGUGUCCGGGAGGAAGUCAGGACCCUUCAACUUCUCACACAAGCCUCUCUGGAGUGCACUCCAUCGUCACCAUAGCCUGACGGAGUAGGGCUACCCAGUCACAAAAGGACACAGAUGCCCACCGCCUUGACAACAUCCACCCAACAUGUGAUCCCCAGACUUCUUCGUGGAACAAUCACAGCUCUCCGUCUCACGCCUUUGGUCUCCGUCCUCGUCUUCUCCAAAGACCGAUCUGGAAAAAACUCAUGCCUUCUUCCCAGCAACCCCUGAGAAGCUCCCACGAGUUCUGACUUGCUGUUUCCUCGCAGUCCAAACAAUUCCUCACAGCUUCCUGGAAUCUGACCAAUAGUUUCCAUUACAAGCGUCCCAUCUCCAGACAUUUAUGACCUUUGCAGCUAAACCUCCACCAGACCCCUCACGCUAUAACUCCUACACUCCUCUCAGACAUCACUUCACUCCCUCUCCCUCAAGAACCACGCCGACAGCCAAGCCCUCCUAAUGAUCAUCUACCCAGAAUUCAACACUCAGCUUGGCUGUGUUUCCUAAAAGCAUUUAGCAAAACACAAAGAUAAUCUCUGCACCAUUGCCUUGUGAUUGGAUGAUAGUUUCAUGUGUGUGUGCUGAUUUGCUUUUAGGGAACUUAUCCCACAACAUCUCACCUACCUUUACAGUGAAGAGUAACAACUAUAAUCCACUUCUUUAUUCAAAUGCAGUCUCUUGGUCUGUUUGUGGCAUGUUAGCUCCUUCAUCGUAGCACUUUAAUGUGUUUUUUUUUUUUUUCUAUGAGUACUCUUGUGGUGCAGUGCUGAGCCUGGUUCUGCCCUACUGAUGACUUUCAGUAGUGGCAACACAAUGACUGUCCACAAGACCACUACUAAACACCUCUCCCUCCCUAUUCCUCCUCCUUAUCCCCUAACAGACUAUUUCCAUAACUGCAAAGGGGAAACAUUUUACACAACCAUGUGUGUGUUUUUGUGCUCUUUCUCACUCUCAUUCUGUGCAUAGAUCCUGUAAACAGUGUUUGACAACGCCUGGUGAAGUAUCCAUAUCUCUCCUCACUUUUUGCCCUCGCCAUGUUGUGGAUCACUCUCUUAGGGUAGACAGUAAGCCUGAGAGAACUUCACUGUGAAAACAACCAACAGUUAGUAGGGGAAUAAACACUGAACCUGGCAUCACAUUAGGUACGGUUAAGUUGGCUCCCCGAUAUGAACAACAUCGUUGUAAAAAGCAAUCUGAACGAGAUGAAGCAGAACCUGAAAAAAAGGGGAUGAACUGUGAGAAGGAAAUUCCCUGUCUUUAAAAGCACCGUGCUAGUGGUUAAACUGAAACAAAGGGAAAGGGAGUGGCUGAAAGAAGAAAAAAGGAGCAGGAAAGGCAAAAGGGCUUCGUGAACCGAGAGAUACUUUGACUUGAAAUUCUUUACCGCUAAUGAGGAAAGAAAACGAAGAAAAGACACAGAUUACAAAAGAAGAGACUUUUUCAUUUCCUCUCCUCUGUAUCACAGACUCUUUAUUGCUUUGUCUGCUUUCCAUCUCACUGCUAUUUUUAGAUGAUGAUGAGGAUAUAUUGAAAAUAGUGUAGAAAGGAGGAGUUGCUGUGCGCAAAAGCUCAUCACGGAAAUGUUGUUUGUCAGUCUAUUAGGAAGAUACACUGUAUUCUAUUUAUUUCUGAUGAGAAACUCAACUCGGUCAAUGUGAAUAAUGGCCACUCACUGUUGAUAUUAUAGGUAUUUUAACGGCACUUAAAAGCACAUGUGUCUGUCAUAAAACAAAUCAGCUGUUACUCGGACCAUCGUCAUCUUCUUCACUAUGUCUAUGAGUGUAAAUACAUUAGAAAAUCCUGUAGCUAGUAUAAAGAUCUCUUAUUAUCAGCACCU